GAUUUGGAGGUGAGAUAUACUAGUCCAGUAGGUUUGUAAGUUUGUAGUUGUAGUAUAUAAAUGGCAGGUGGAGGCAGGGAUGAGCCGGCGCCCGGCCGGCCGGAGACCUCUUCUUCUUCAUCCAUCCUUUCUUUCUUUCUUUCUUUCCUAGGCCUAAUCUUACAUAAAUUAUUCACACGGACAAAUCUAGCUAAGCACAAGGUAUGCCGCCGGCGCCGUCGCAGGAGCAAACUAAGCUGGCGCCGGAGAAGCAGCAGCACAUCUCCGGCCAUGGCGAGCAAGCCGUCCGGUACCAUGGAUGGAAGGUCAUGCCGUACGUCAUAGGGAACGAGACAUGCGAAAGGCUGGGGACGAUCGGCACGACGGCGAACCUGCUGGUGUACCUCACCACCGUCUUCCACAUCCCCAGCGCCGCCGCCGCCACCCUCCUCAACGUCUUCUCCGGUACCUCCAACCUCGCCCCUCUCCUCGGCGCCUUCCUCUGCGACGCCUACCUCGGCCGCUACGCCACCCUCGCCGCCGCCUCCAUCGCCUCCUUCCUCGGCAUGCUUGUGCUCACCCUCACCGCCGCCAUCCCAUCUCUCCACCCCCCACCUUGUGCCUCCUCCUCGUCCACGUCGUGCCAGGGCCCCACGCACCGCCAGCUCGCCGCGCUCCUCGCCUCCUUCGCCUUCCUCGUCGUCGGCGCCGGCGGCAUCCGCCCCUGCAACCUCGCCUUCGGCGCCGACCAGUUCGACCCGGCCACCGCCGCGGGCCGCCGCGGCAUCGCCAGCUUCUUCAACUGGUACUACUUCACCUUCACCAUCGCCAUGAUGGUGUCCGCCACGCUCAUCAUCUACCUCCAGAGCAACAUCAACUGGGCCAUCGGCCUCGCCGUGCCCACCGCGCUCAUGGCCCUCUCCUGCGCGCUCUUCUUCAUGGGCACCCGCCUCUACGUCCGCGUCCGCCCCGAGGGCAGCCCCUUCACCAGCUUCGCCCAGGUGCUCGUCGCCGCCGCCCGCAAGAGGCGCCUCCCUGCCCCGGCGUCUCCUGCCGACGACCUGUUCGAUCCGCCGCACCGGAGCAAGCUGGUGGCCAAGAUCAAGCACACGGACCAGUUCCGGUGGCUGGACAAGGCCGCGGUGGUGACGGCGGAGGACGCGGUGGUGGACGGCAUGAGCGCGGCGGCGGCGAACCCGUGGCGGCUGUGCACGGUGCAGCAGGUGGAGGAGGUGAAGGUGCUUGCGCGGAUGAUCCCGGUGUGGUCGUCGUCGAUCGUGUACUACGUGAUGCUGACGCAGCUGGGCACGUACACGGUGUUCCAGGUGAUGCAGUCGGACCGGCGGGUGGGGAGGUCGGGGUUCGAGGUGCCGGCGGGGUCGAUGGUGGUGUUCAACAUGGUGGCGCUCACGGCGUGGCUGCCGGUGUACGACCGCGCGGUGGUGCCGGCGCUGCGGCGGGUGACGGGGCGUGAGGAGGGGAUCAGCCAGCUGCAGCGCAUCGGGAUCGGGCUGGCGCUGUCGGUGGCGACGAUGGCGGUGGCGGUGGCGGUGGAGCAGAGGCGGCGCGGGGCGGGAGGAGGGUCGUCGUCGUCGUGGGCGUGGAUGGUGCCGCAGCAGGCGAUGGCGGGGCUGUCGGAGGCGUUCGCGGCGAUCGGGCUGAACGAGCUGUGCUACAAGGAGUCGCCGGAGAGCAUGAGGAGCGUGGCGGGGGCGCUGUCGCCGCUGGCGCUGGCGGUGGCGAGCUACGCGAGCGGGGCGAUGGUGACGGCGGUGGAGCGGGCGACGGGGUGGCUGGCGCAGGACAUCGAUAAGGGCCGCGUCGACCUCUUCUACCUUGUGGUGGGCGCCAUGUCGGCCGCCAACCUGGCUUACUUCGUGGUCUGCGCGCUCUGGUACAGGUCCAAGAACAUCGCCGACCACGGCGGCGUUGAGCUUCUUCAGACCAGCUCCAAGCACAACGCCGACGCGCCGCCGGCCAUGGCGGUCUGACGACACUGACAGCUACUACACACGUACGCUGACUUUUCAUACUUACUAUAUACUACUUGAUGCAUAUGCAUGUGUCCACUCCAUGAUGAACACAACAGAGACAGAAAGAAGAGAGAUGAUACUUGUACGAUCCAGUUUGGAAUUGGACUACAUUAAUUACAUUAGGGAUGAAUGAAUGUAAUUGUAAAUCUGUAUUAUGAAUGUAUGGGCCGGCCCAUAUCAUUUCUUCUUAGGGCUGAAACGAGCCCACCGAAA